CCUUCUGGAGAUGUGGUGGGAUGCAUGGUUCUGAGUGACGUUCCCCCAAUUUCGCUCAUCAAUGGGCAGUAUGGGAAUGAGUGGCUAAGGUCUACGUUUAAAUUUGGUGGCCUCAACACAUGCAACACUCUGUUUAUUCAGCUUCUUGUUGUUGAGGACAGGUUUAAAAAACGCGGAUUCUUCGACUUUAUCCGUGUAGCUUUUCGAACAAUAGUCGAGGCAAACCAUUUCCUAUUCAUUGUUCCCGAAACUAUAAAUUACGAUGAUUUUGAUGAAACCUUGGCCGACAAUACUCUUCGAAUGAGAUUUAAGCAAUACCGAGCUCGAGAAACAAAGCCAAUAAUUUCGAAGCUCCCAUUUGUUUCUGGUGAAAGUGAAUUCAAAUGGGAGGUUUUCCACUUUACUCGACAGGAAUUUGACCCGGCCUUGUGCCCCCGAAUAGCCAAAGUUAAGGACAAUGAUGAUUUAACGCUGAUCUUCAAUGCUAAAUCAGAUGUGCUACAGAAAAUCUAUGGAGAGUUUUACAUUGCUGAGUUGGUUGAAGCUCAAAACGACAACAUGAAGGCAGUGUCCCUUGAGUCAGAAAACUCUAGCUAUGCUGUUGGAUUUAUGAAUGCGACGACUUUAUAUGACGCCGAGUUCAUGAAUUCAGAGUAUGAUUUGCAGCCUUUUAAUUACUUGAUGAAACACCGUGACCCUGAUACGUCCGUUUCAUCAAAGUCAAUGCAGUAUUUAAAUGCACAGGCGGAUACGUCUGCUAUCGAUGCUGAUUCAUCAGAAACUGAAAUGAAAAGCACAGCUGAUGAUCAUGUUUUACUGCUUGUUUUAGAGCAUAAUCCUUCUAAAGCUCUCUCAACCGAUGAUCUACGAUCAGCUCUUCUUUCAGACGCAUUUUCUCUGGAUAGAGACACAAGACUGGUGUAUGUUACCUCGGGUAAUUGGGUCAGGCGUCAUUUGAAAAGGGACUUGGGACUCCUUGCGUCAGACAAGAGUCCCGCUAAAGUUUAUUCUCAAGACGAUCAUAAUGCAUUUAUUAUACAGCUUUAUGGUAUUCUGCCAGAAUUUGAAAAUCGUGCUAAAGACUUCUUGCCAUUCAUGUUUAAUCAGUUUCCUAACGUGGACUACGCGGUUAUAUCAGUGCCACGACUUGAUCCCGAAACUGUCUUACUUCAAGAAUUUUAUAGAGCUAAACCUCGCCCGAAUUCCUCAGUCACACAAGAACUAUACGUUUACCACCGCGCAAACUUGGUCAAUGAUUUUCACGUUAGACCUGCCAUAAGAAUGGAUCAACCGGAAAUCCUGAACCUAACACGUCAAAUGCACCCCUUCGAUCGAACGCUUUUGACAAAAGACCUGAAUAAUUAUAUGAAAUUCGGACGAGAGCCUGAUGGAAACGAACUGAUAUGCUACGUGGCUAUAUGCUUAGGAAAAAUCGUUGGUGUACUCAUUGCCCGCGUGGAAGAGCGAUUCAAGUUAAAUACACUGGUUUCUUGCCUUGGCGACCUGUAUGCGGUGAGGCCGCGUCGCCAAAUUGUGUUCUCCCAUGACGUGGUCAAGAGUGAAGUGGGUCCUCAAAGCCGAAUUCUCCACUGCCCCCUCGACGACCCACCUCCAGCCCUCUACCACAUCUCACGCAACCUGAUCAUGGAACCGAAGCUGGUGCUUAAUGCACGGGUGGUCGUUGUCGGCGCCUCAUCCACAAGCCUCGCCUUCCUCGAGCACAUCAUUUUUGCAUCUCACAUCAGGUUUAAUAACCUCACUUUACUUACGCCACAUGGAAUUCCAGGUGACACGGAAGAAUCGGAAAACCGCCGUGUCUCUCUUUUCUUCCCACCACAGUUAUUACAUGCAAGACCGGCGACGCCUAGGGCAAAUAGCACUACGAAUCAGAAACUGAUCACCAUCGAUGGUACCCAUGAAAUGUCAUACGAUCUUCUUGUUCUGGCACCUGGCACCCAGUACCAUCCUCCAAUGCCAACUCGUAUUGAUCCAAAAGUCAUCGCAGAGCGACGUAGAAAACCCCCAUGUGAAGUCAUUGGGAUAUCUACCAAGGAUAGAGCUUCAAACCUCUUUCUCUUGAACGACGAAUACACCACAUUGGAGGCCAUUCGAUUCAUUGAGAAGAACUUGAUCACAGAUAAGUCAGACCUGAAGAGACUGGAGCGGAAAGCGAGCCUUCAAACAGCGGCGCUUCUGGAGGAUCCCUAUGCAGAAGAGAAACCCCACUCGAAUCCUGUGGAGGGACCCAUCAUAGUCUUUGGUGACUGUGUGAAUGCCUACUCCUGUGUUUACGGCUUACUCAACAUGGGUGUUCCUGGCGUCCGUAUAGUCAUGAUGCAUCCGUGCAGGAAACCUGAUGUAGGUUUUGGAAUGAUAAGUCAAAACCGAACACCAAGGGUCGAGACAGAAAUUGAGGAAAACCCUUCAACGGACACUAAGCCACAGUGCCACUCACUGCUCUCCGUUUUUGAUGACUACACGGUUGAGAGCGCAGUUCACGAAGAAAUGCAGAAGGCCGGAGUUCGCAUACUCAGAAAAUGUGUCCUGGUGCAUUGGAACAACGAUCCUAACGCCCUCAGCGUUGAUGAAAUCAAAAGUGGUGUUUUCAUUGCUGAGGGACGCGAAGUGCGCAUCCGAUGUGUCGUAGUAAUUAUCCCAGGCAAAGUUGCAUCUCAAGCAUUUUUCUCGUUCGCUGAAAAGAAAGUUGAUCGUGCGUUCUUCAAAGCCGUCAACGACGCUUGCCUGGUAUUCGAUAAACAGUUGGUAAUUGACACAAAUUUCCACACCAGUGAUCCUUCUAUUCGAGCAGCCGGACCUGCAACAAAGUACCGACGAAUUUACUAUAACGACAAAUACACACAUGCUCUCUGCAACAGUCUGGAAGUUGGUGAAAGGUUAGCAAAGGCCUUUUUGACCGAGUUUGACCCAAAUUCCAAGUUGCCCACCGCUCCGACCAGAGAUGAGCAUUACUUUCUGCCGGUGUUUAAGAUGCCCCGCGUUGUGCAAGCCGUGCUGCCCGGAGGUUACAAUUACCUCAAGGUCUGGAAACCUGGUUACAAGAAGAACGUCCUCCUUCGAGGGUCCACUGCAAAUUUCACUUUCCCCGUGUCGAAUUAUGUGAGCCUGUACUCAACGCACGAAAAAGCAGUCAAUGAUCUGGUGUCACGGUACGACGACGGUCUCAUCGAAGAUUUCUACUCAUUCUUCGGGGAACCAUGGGCUAUGGCUCUAUUCCACGAUCGUUUUGAAGAACUGAAGCAAGAAAUUCACGACCUCGGCUGCAAACCCAAGGACGCAGGAGCUGAGCCUCUUAUUGAAAGCAUUCGCAUGCGCCAAGCUCUCACAGAUAAGAUUUCAGAGGAAACAUACAAGAUAAUUCGCUACGAACAUCUCUCAAUGGGUCUCAAAUAUGAAACGGAAAAAAGAAUCAUCAAUUUCAUCGAGAACAACUACGAUCUUCUGCCAAUACGCAAUUGCUUAGAGCAAACCGGGCAAGUUGCGACAGUGGAUCCUCCAGUGCAUGAGACGACGCCUGGCAAAGUUGACGGCCCCGAAGCAGCCUCGGUGAGGACUGUUGACCUCGUUCCACCCCCUCUGGCAUUUUCCCGCGUUGUCUAG